CGGUGAGUCUCCAUGGCGGUGGCGGCGGCAGCGGCAGCGGGACCCGUGUUCUGGAGGCGACUGCUGGGCCUCCUGCCUGGCCGCCCAGGGCUGGCCGCGCUCCUAGGACGCCUGUCCGACCGCCUCGGCAGGAACCGGGACCGCCAGCGCAGGAGGUCACCAUGGCUGUUAUUGGCUCCCUUGCUGUCCCCAGCUAUUCCCCAGGUCACCUCCCCACCUUGCUGCCUGUGUCCAGAAGGUGUGCACCGGUUCCAGUGGAUCAGAAACCUGGUUCCAGAAUUUGGAGUCUCCAGUUCUCACGUCAGGGUGCUUUCUUCCCCGGCAGAAUUUUUUGAGCUCAUGAAGGGGCAGAUAAGAGUGGCCAAGAGGCGGGUUGUGAUGGCAUCCCUCUACCUGGGGACAGGUCCUUUGGAACAGGAGCUGGUGGACUGCCUGGAAAGUACUCUAGAAAAGUCACUCCAAGCAAAGUUUCCUUCAAAUCUCAAGGUCUCCAUUCUCUUAGACUUCACGCGGGGCUCACGAGGCCGGAAGAACUCCCGCACAAUGCUGCUCCCGCUCCUGCGGAGGUUCCCAGAGCAGGUCCGGGUCUCCCUCUUUCACACGCCGCACCUCCGUGGGCUGCUCCGGCUCCUCAUCCCUGAGCGCUUCAACGAGACCAUCGGCCUCCAGCACAUUAAGGUGUACCUCUUCGACAACAGCGUCAUCUUGAGCGGGGCAAACCUGAGUGACUCCUACUUCACCAACCGCCAGGACCGCUACGUGUUCCUGCAGGACUGUGCGGAGAUUGCUGACUUCUUCACGGAGCUGGUGGACGCGGUGGGGGAUGUGUCCCUGCAGCUGCAGGGGGAUGACACGGUGCAGGUGGUUGAUGGGAUGGUGCAUCCUUACAAAGGUGACCGGGCCGAGUACUGCAGGGCAGCCAAUAAGAGGGUCAUGGAUGUGAUCAACUCAGCCAGGACCCGCCAGCAGAUGCUGCAUGCCCAGACCUUCCACAGCAACUCUCUUUUGACCCAGGAAGAUGCAGCAGCUGCUGGGGAUCGCAGACCAGCCCCUGACACCUGGAUUUAUCCGCUGAUUCAGAUGAAGCCCUUCGAGAUUCAAAUCGAUGAGAUUGUCACUGAGACCCUGUUGACUGAGGCGGAGCGCGGGGCAAAGGUCUACCUCACCACUGGCUACUUCAACCUGACCCAGGCCUACAUGGACCUGGUCUUGGGCACUCGGGCUGAGUACCAGAUCCUUCUGGCCUCGCCAGAGGUGAAUGGCUUCUUUGGGGCCAAGGGGGUGGCCGGCGCCAUCCCAGCGGCCUAUGUGCACAUCGAGCGGCAGUUCUACAGCGAGGUGUGCAGCCUGGGACAGCAGGAGCGGGUUCAGCUUCAGGAGUACUGGCGGAGGGGCUGGACGUUCCACGCCAAAGGCCUCUGGCUGUACCUGGCAGGGAGCAGCCUGCCCUGUCUCACGCUGAUUGGCUCUCCUAAUUUUGGGUACAGGUCAGUUCACCGGGACCUGGAGGCCCAGAUUGCGAUCGUGACGGAGAACCAGGCCCUGCAGCAGCAGCUUCACCAGGAGCAAGAGCAGCUCUACCUGAGGUCAGGUGUGGUGUCCUCUGCCACCUUCGAGCAGCCGAGUCGCCAGGUGAAGCUGUGGGUGAAGAUGGUGACUCCACUGAUCAAGAACUUCUUCUGAGGAUAGACAGAGCUGCGCCCUUCUAGACUCUGGAAGUUGAGUAACAGGACCCGCUCUGCCCACCCAGGAGGGGCCUGCUGCUUCCCCAGAGGCCCCAGUGGGGUCCCACAGUCACCUGAGGUACCCCUGGACCGUCUUGACGCCUAGAGGUCCGGGCAGGGGGUGGCUGCUGAGUGACCUUUUGUGUCCUGGAUCCCUCAGGGCCUGGACUGCACUCCAGGUGGGGUCAGGCUCCCGAGGCCCCUGCUCUCUGGGUAUGGAUGUUGUGGGUAGUUCUGUUGCUUUGGAUGGUUGGGCCUUUGGAUGGCUUGUGGGGAAGGGACGGUGAGGAGUCAAAGAUGAGCCACGGCCCAUGUGGCCGGCACAUGCUCUAGUGCUGGCACCUCAUGUGUGCAGCGUGGGCUCCCUUAGUGCCUGACACCUUAGUUCUCCGCCAAAUCUCAUUUUUUUAAAAUGUGUAGUUUAUCUUGCAGCUUUUCCUAGUUAUUUAUUUUAAUUACUUUUAAUUUUAUUUGAAUAAUAAUAUGUGCAAAUGUAGAGAGUAAAACAACACUGCAGCCAUUUGCUGCCCUCCCUUCCCCCAGGCAGCCACUCUUGGCUUGUUUCUUCUGAUGUGCACGCGUGUCCGUAUUUCUAAAUAACGUGCAUAUCCUGCUAUCUUCCCCCAAAAUGUAUGCUUAACCAAAACAGCACCAGUGUCACUCCUGAAACAAUAAUUACCAAGAAUGUCUUAGUAUCAUCAAAUACCUAAAUGGUGUUCACAAUUCCAGUUGCCUUAAAAUUUUUUCGGUUAUUUGACUUGAAGUCCAAUUAAGGACUACACCUUACGAUUGUUUUUUCCCUAGCAAUUUAUUUUUUGAAGAAUGAACUUUAUUUUUAUUGGAUCUACUUAAACCAUUUUUGUGUCACCUAGUAGCAGGAGAUUUUGAAUACACGUCAUGUGUGUUUAUAAAGCCAGCUCUCCACAUCCCCCAGUGUCUCCAGGAGCCGUUUUUGUGACCUCACUGCCUGAU